GAUUAUCUUCAAUUUAACAUGAAUGUAGACCUAAACUUUUCCAAUAUCUCUGUGGAAUCGCUGACGAUGAGGACAGCACAGGGUCCAGUAGAGUACCGUGUGGCAAGCCUGGUCUUCUACGGCAUCGUUUUCACUAUCGGAGUCGUAGUUAAUGUCACUGCUCUAUGGGUGUUUGCUCUGACGACCAAGAAGAGAAACUCAGUCACUAUCCACAUGAUAAAUGUGGCCUUGGUGGACCUCACCUACAUCUUGUUGCUUCCUUUCAGAAUGGUAUACCUCCAACAGGACUAUUGGCCUUUUGGAGAUAUUUUCUGCCGGGUCACGGCUGCUCUAACCAUUUUUUAUCCCUGUAUGGCUCUGUGGCUGUUUGCACUGAUCAGCACAGACCGCUACAUGGCCAUUGUGCAGCCGAAGCAUGGCAAGGAGCUGAGGAACGUCCCAAAAGCUGUGGUGGGCAGCCUGGGGGUGUGGUUGAUGACCUUGGGCAGCAGCAUACCCUUGCUCUUCUCUGAAGAUGACCCCGAUCGCAUCUCGAACUUCACCACCUGCAUCAAGAUGCAAGACAUCAUCUACAUGCGCCACAACAACGUGGUAAACUUUGUUAGACUCAUCUUCUUUUUCCUCGUGCCCAUUUGUAUAAUGAUCGUCUGCUACAUCAUCAUUGUGGACAAUCUCAUCCACGGCCGCACUUCUAAACUCAAACCAAAAGUAAAGCAGAAGUCCAUUCGGAUCAUCAUCACGCUCAUCGUCCAAGUGCUGGUGUGUUUUGUGCCUUUCCACAUCUGUUUGGUGCUCCGUUUGCUGGGAAACAGCGAAGACGGAGGGUUCAACUCAUGGGCAGUCUUCACCACCUUCCUGAUGAAUCUCAGCAUGGUCUUGGACAUCAUUUUAUACUACAUCGUCUCAAAGCAGUUCCAGGACCGGGUGAUCAGUGUGAUCUUGUACAGGAACUACUUACGGAGCGUGAGACGGAAGAGCAGGCACACUCACACAGGAAGCAUCCGAUCACUGAGCAACCUGACUAGUGCCAUGAUAUAG